UAUCACAGAACUCUGAAUAGCCUCUUACCCUGCGCAACACCGGUGCACACCGCGAUGAAUGCGUCAUACGCGUCUUUCCAGACGCGCCUGGAGAGCUUCGAGCCCCCAAAAUCGAAGUCGCGACGCCCCUCGAGCCGAUCAAAGAAGGCACCAAAAGCUGCACAGAAAGGAGGAUGGCCUUUGGAAUUUCCGCGACCUGAGGAUCUGGCGUAUGGCGGAUUCUUCUUCCAACCCAAAUCCGACAGCCCAGACAACGUACAAUGCUUCUCGUGUGGAACCCAGUUGGAUGGCUGGGAAGAAGCCGAUGUCCCCGCCUUCGAGCACCUCUCUCUCUCGCCAAACUGCGGAUUUGCUAUCAACGUCUGCAUCCGUUUGAGAAGCAGCGACCCGGGUCGCACCGAGGAUGAUCCGCUCAGUGAAGCAAUGCUGGAAGCACGUCGCAUGACGUUUGCCGAUAUGUGGCCUCUCGAUGUCGCAGCUGGCUUCCCCGAUGUUGAGCAGAUGGUAGAAGCUGGCUGGUAUUAUGAUCCCAGCUUUGACACACCCGAUGGCGUCACUUGCCCAUACUGUUCCUUGUCGCUUGACGCGUGGGAUGCUGGUGACGACCCCACCGAAGAGCACCGCAAGCGCUCGCCCGACUGCCUCUUCUUCUCCCUGAAAGACUUUUACCACCCUGCGCCGAAACCUAAGGCCACACGCGGCAAGCGCUCGUCUACUAGAUCCUCCACCGCCAGCAAGAAAACCACAAAGACCAGUCGUGCCAAGAAAGGUGCAGCUAAAGACAACGCGCUUGUUCCAGAUGAUACGGUCAUGUCUUUUGCAGAAUCGGUCGCAGAAUCGGUCGUGCCAACGAAGCCUGCCGCUAGAGGACGCCGAACUAAGAAGGCUGUCCUAGAAGAGUCAGUUGUCGAAUCUGUAGUAAACACUUCUUUUGCAGAAUCAACCAUAUCCACUGCCAGUAAAGCCCCCGCGAAGAGGGGACGAAAGACAAAGAAGCAGCUUUUGGAAGAAUCUAUGGCCGCUGCAGAGCCUUCGGUCGAUGCUAUUACCGACUCUAUUAUCUCUGGACCAGCGAAGGCAGCGCCUAAAGGCCGCAAACCAAAGGCGGCAGCAGCAGCGAAACGUACGUCGACCGUCUCCGUUGCAUCAUCCCGCACCACCAGGCAGAAGAAGCGCACCAGCGACGCGAUGGAUGUUGAUGACGCUCCUCCACCUCCACCGAAAAGGGGUAGGAUAAGCGAUCUUUCUAGCACGGAUUUCCUUGAAUCUACCCCCCGACAGACUCCGCGCGCUGCGCAGCGCGAGACCAUCACUCUCAUGUCUCCACAAGAUAUCCGUCAUCACCAAAGCAGUCCAGCGAAGACACCGAGGACAUUUGCACCAGUGGAAAGCACAACGCCGCCUACAGACCAGCCUGCAACACCCACUACGCCUCAAGACCCACCCCCUGGUACCGUCUGGGAACCUAUCAACGUGGAUGAAUUCUUCGAAAAUCACGAUCUCUUUGGCAUUGUCUCCAACGUUGUCGUGGAUGCUGGUCUCGAUAAAGAAAAUAUGAAUAUGACAGAUGCACCACCAACGCUGGUUCAAGCCGUUAAGGCUCGCAUGACGAGCCCUGAAAAGAAGAUGACGAUCGAGGAGUGGGUCCUUUAUAACGCAAAGCGCGGAGAAGAGAAACUGCGCAUAGAGUGCGAGCGCCAGAUCUCAGCAUUCGAGGCUCAGGGUCACCGUGCCCUCGCCGUUCUGGAUGCAUAUUAG